AUGAAAACUCCUCUGUUCAUUGCCUCAAGCGUCAUUGGAUUGCUCUUAGGGCUUGACAACUACUUAUACGCAUACGGAUUAGCUUACUUGCCAGUUUCCACUUCGUCUCUCAUAGUUGGAACUCAGUUAGCUUUCAAUGCUAUUUUCGCUUUCUUCAUGGUCAAGCAAAAGUUCACUCCUUUCUCUAUAAACGCCGUCGUUUUGUUGACGAUCGGUUGCGGAGUCCUUGCAUCGCACGCCGAUGGAGACAGGCCGGCUCACGUGACCUACAAACAGUAUGUGAUUGGGUUCCUUAUGACUCUUAUUGCAGCUAUUCUCUAUGGUUUUAUUUUGCCGCUCGUUGAGCUAACUUACAAAAAAGCUCGACAAGAAAUCACUUACACACUUGUACUCGAGAUUCAGAUGGUUAUGAGUCUCGCUGCUAGUUGUUUCUGCCUCGUUGGGAUGAUCAUAGAUGGUGAUUUCAAGGUGAUAGCAACAGAAGCAAGAGAGUUCAAGAUUGGAGGUUCUAUGUUUUACUAUACACUUAUUGUGAUCAUAGGAAUAAUCUGGCAAGGAUUUUUAGUAGGAGCUAUUGGUAUUGUGUUUUGUGCAUCUUCUCUAGCUUCUGGUGUUCUCGUCAGUGUUCUUCUUCCGGUGACGGAAGUGUUGGCCGUGGCUUGUUUCCGGGAGAAGUUUAAGGCAGAUAAAGGUGUGGCUCUGCUUCUAUCUCUAUGGGGAUUUGUCUCUUACUUUUACGGCGAGAUUAAAUCUGGCAAAAAGGUUCUUGAAAAUACUCAGUCGCCGGAGACAGAAUUGCCUCCUCUUCCAGUUAAUGAUUCUACUGUUUGA